AUGUCUGCCCCUUCAAGCCAGAAGCAAUGGUCCGUCACGGGCACGGACAAGGACUUCGACGGCCUGCAAUACGUCGACGUCCCGGUGCCCAAGGUGGGCGAGCACGACGUGUUGGUCAAGCUGCACGCCGCCUCGCUCAACUACCGCGACCUCAUCAUCCCCAAGGGCCUGUACCCGUUCCCGGCCAACUUCCCCGUAGUGCCGGGUUCGGACGGCGCCGGCGAGAUCGCCGAGGUCGGCUCCAAGGUCACCAAGUGGAAGAGGGGCGACAAGGUCGUCACCCUCUUCAACCAGGGCCAUCAGUUCGGCCCUGUCGACCAGGCCGCCGCCGGCACGGGGCUCGGCGGUGUGCUGGACGGCACACUGCGCCAGUACGGCGUCUUCAGUGAGACGGGCGUCGUGCGCGCGCCCAAGAACCUCAACCACGUCGAGUCGAGCACCCUGACCUGCGCGGCGCUCACAAGCUGGAAUGCGCUCUACGGCCUGCGACCUCUCAAGCCCGGCGAGACGGUCCUCGUGCAGGGCACCGGCGGUGUCAGCAUCUUCGCCCUACAGUUCGCCAAGGCCGCCGGUGCCACGGUCAUCGCCACGACAUCCAGCAAGGCCAAGGCCGAGACGCUCAAGAAGCUCGGCGCCGACCACGUGCUCAAUUACAACGAAGACAAGGACUGGGGCCAGACGGCCAAGGGCCUGACGCCCGAUGGCGCGGGCGUCGACCACGUCAUCGAGGUCGGCGGCUCUGGCACCGUCGAGCAGAGCCUUCAAGCCAUCAAGUUUGAGGGCAUCAUCAGCUUCAUCGGCUUCCUCGGCGGCGCCAAGAUCGAGGCCUCUGUGAUUGAGACGCUGUACCAUAUAUGCACCGUCCGCGGUGUGUAUGUUGGCUCUAGGGCCCUCAUGGAGGACAUGGUGAGGGCGAUUGAGGCGAAUGAUAUCCACCCCGUGGUGGAUGAGAAGGUGUUCACAUUCGAUAAGACGCGGGAGGCUUAUGAGUACAUGUGGGCAAAAUCGCACUUCGGCAAGGUCGCUAUCAAGAUUGAGUAA